CCGGCCAGCCCCGCCGCGGACGCUCCGCCGCCCCGGCCCGGCCCGGCCGCCGCGGGCCCCCGGGAGCUGCAGCUCGCGCCCGGGCCGCGCCCGCCCCGGCCUCGGAUCGCCGGGCCCGCGCAGGCCCCCGUCCCAGGAGCAUCAUGUUCCCCCGCCCGCUGACCCCGCUGGCGGCCCCCGGCGCCGCCGAGCCGCGGGCCCGGGCGCUCCGGAGGGCUCCCCCGGGCAGGGCGCGCGCCGGGCUGGGCGGGCCGCCCCUGCUGCUGCCGUCCAUGCUGAUGUUCGCGGUGAUCGUGGCCUCCAGCGGGCUGCUGCUCAUGAUCGAGCGCGGCAUCCUGGCCGAUAUGAAGCCCCUCCCUCUGCACCCCGCCAGCCGCGAGGGCGCCGGGUGGCACGGGGCCGACCCGCGGUCCGGGAGGCAGUCCCCGGAGGCCGCCGACUCGGACCUGCAGGUGAGGCAGGACGUACGGAACCGCACCUUGCGGGCCGUGUGCGCGCAGCCAGGCAUGCCCCGGGACCCCUGGGACCUGCCGGUGGGGCAGCGGCGGACCCUGCUGCGCCACAUCCUCGUGAGCGAUCGCUACCGCUUCCUCUACUGCUACGUCCCCAAGGUGGCCUGCUCCAACUGGAAGCGGGUGCUCAAGGUGCUGGCCGGCGUCCUGGACAGCGUGGACGUCCGUCUCAAGAUGGACCACCGCAACGACCUGGUGUUCCUGGCCGACCUGCGGCCGGAGGAGAUCCGCUACCGCCUGCAGCACUACUUCAAGUUCCUGUUCGUGCGGGACCCCUUGGAACGCCUGCUCUCGGCCUACCGCAACAAGUUCGGAGAGAUCCGCGAGUACCAACAGCGCUAUGGGGCCGAGAUCGUGAGACGGUACCGGGCCGGAGCCGGCCCCAGCCCGGCGGGAGACGAUGUCACCUUCCCCGAGUUCCUGAGGUACCUGGUGGAUGAGGACCCGGAACGCAUGAACGAGCACUGGAUGCCCGUGUACCACCUCUGCCAGCCCUGUGCUGUACACUACGACUUUGUGGGCUCCUAUGAGAGGCUGGAGGCCGAUGCCAACCAGGUGUUGGAGUGGGUGCGGGCACCAGCCCAUGUACGAUUCCCAGCGCGCCAGGCCUGGUACCGGCCGGCCAGCCCCGAGAGCCUGCAUUACCACCUGUGCAAUACCCCGCGGGCCCUGCUACAGGAGGUGCUGCCCAAGUACAUCCUGGACUUCUCCCUCUUUGCCUACCCUCUGCCCAAUGUCACCAGGGAGGCCUGUCGCCAGUGACCAUGGGCACAGACUGGUUGACAGUGUCAACUUCUUGUGCCAUUUCGGGGGCUUCUCCAGAUGCCUGCCCAGCAGGAACUACCCUUGUAAGUUCCUGUGGGUGUAUCCACAGUAGCUCAGAAAAUAAGAGCUCGGAUAGAUCUCCCACUGGGGAGGCUCCCCCCAGGGUGAUGGAAUGCUGGCUCUGGCUGGGCUACAGGCAGGUCUACCAGCGAAGCAACACACAGCUGUUCCAAAGACUGACCCCAGCCCUCUGCAGCUGGGAUUGUGGCAUCCACUUGGUCCACCUCCCUCUAACCUGUGUCCAAACCCAGAGGUGGCACCAAGCAUAGCAUGAGCAGAAGCAGAUAGGGAGGGCUGGGUGACUGUGAUGUUCCCAAAGCUCCUACUCAUUUAUCCCCCAUGUUCCUGGGGGCUGCAGUCUGAGGUCUCACCUUAGACUUGACCUAGUGCCUUUUCUGUUCCGACUCAGACUUUCUGACAUGUCUAGAACUUGUUCUCACCUUGUUCCCAAAGAGAGAAAAGCCGAGCUGGGCCCAUGCUGGAUUGCUCUAGGACCUGGUUCUUCCAAAGACCCCAUGCUCAGUGUCCUCAGGCACUGGGAACCUACUUCCAUCUCCCCAGGUUGUGAUUGGUGGCAGUGUCUGGCUGCCACUGCUCUGACACAUUUAUUUAAACUUUGUACUUUUUAACAGAACCCUGGUGAAGGCUUUGCUUUCCUAAUGGCUGGAUUUUUCAAUAAAGUUG